AUGUCCACCUCCUUCGACCUCAGUCUCAGUCUCGCACUUGGCGAACCAAUCAUCUGCCUCAAUACCUCCUGCAACUACCCCUUCGGACGCAUCUGCUCCGAAUGCUCAAACGAAUUCGAGUCUCGAACCCGAGCCCAAGCCCAAGCACAAUCGAAAACCAACCCCGAUUCCAAUUUCAACAACAGAGUCAACGAAACUCAUCCCGCAUUACCGAGAAGUAUAACCGUACAAUCUCGCAGUCACGAUAUCUCCACACGAGUCGCAGAUAUUGUAGAGGAUCUCCAGGGCAUUUUCGCUUUUGUACCUGCUGCACCUGCACCUGCACCCCAAUUAUCGGAACCAGCUCCUGCAGUCCUCCAGAAACCUAGUAAGUUAACCAUCCGGAACCUUCAAACUUUCGAUGCUACCCCCUCCCCCUUAAAACUCCAACCACUCCCUCUCCCUCCCCCUAACUCCCACUCCCAAUCCUCAUCCGCAUCCACAUCCCAAUCCUCCCAUUCCACCCCACCUCCCCUCAGUCCACUCAACGCCUCCAUCCUAAACACUUGGCUCAACGACAUCGUUCUCCGUACACUUGAAGGGCAAGUCCUCUCUCCUACUAUUACUGGCGGUGCUUUUACUGGCGGUGCCGAGGAAGAAGAUAAACUAGAAGCAAUGUGUCCGUAUUGCGAUGCUUCGAUGGGAGAAGGUGCGUGGAGGGAAUUGCAUUUGAUUAAUUGUCGGUAUGCGCAUGUUGAGGCGGAGAGGUUGAAGAUUGUGAGGGGGAAGGUCUUGGAGAGGGGGGUGAGUGGUAAGUGA